GUGAGCUGAUGUGUAGACCGGGUCAGAGUGGACCGACCUACGAGUCUCUACAGGAGGUAUUCGACAGGAAGCCAUUUAGACCUGCCGUGAACCUGAGUAACCCCACCAUUACCAACAUCUCCUUCACCCUGUAUGCUGUGCUUGGAGUGAACGAGAAGACUCAGAUCCUCACCACGUUCCUGUGGCUGCGGUUGUACUGGUUUCACGAAUUCCUGAUCUGGGACCCUGAGGAGUGUGAUGGGAUCAGUAAGAUCUCACUUCCUGUAAACAACCUCUGGUCACCUGACAUCAUCAUCUAUGAGUUUGUGGAUGAUGACGUGUCUCAGGCAUGUCCAUAUGUGUAUGUUAACCAUACGGGUCACAUUCGCUAUGACCGGAUGCUCAGGCUUGUCACAGCAUGUAACCUGCAGAUCUUCAGUUUCCCGUUUGACGUUCAGAACUGCACCUUCACCUUCGGCUCCUACAUGCACACAAUUCGGGAUGUUAGGGUGAAGCCUGCUCUCCCAUUUGGUGAGAUGUCAGGGAACUCGAAACGUUACCUGGAGGCCAGCGGGGAGUGGGAGCUGGUGGUGAUUUUGGGAGAAGCGGGAAUUCUCAACUUUGGCAUAGACGAGUGGGACAUCAUCACCUUCUGGGUGGUGAUAAAGCGUCGGCCAAUCCUGUAUGUGGUGAAUUUGCUCAUCCCGAGCUCCUUCCUCAUGGUCAUUGACAUUCUGUCCUUCUAUUUGCCACCUCACAGCGUUGACCGUGCCUCAUUUAAGAUGACGCUGAUCCUCGGUUACACCGUUUUCCUGCUCAUCAUGAACGACCUGCUGCCUAGCACAGCCAACGGCACACCAAUCAUCGGAAUUUAUUUCUCUGUGUGUUUGGCUAUGAUGGUCAUCAGUCUACUUGAGACGGUCAUCAUCACCAACGUUCUUCAUCACAACUCCAUGAAGUACCGCCCGGUUCCUAUGUGGGUCCGGACGGUUGUGCUGAAAUACAUCGCUCGCUUCAUCUGUUACAGUGAUAAGGAUGUCACACACAUACAGCGCAAAAUAUUGGAACAAGGAGACAUCUGGAGCACGCAACACACACACACCGACACUGCACAACACACACAUGCUAAUGCGGGUGUGUCCCCCCUGUGUGUCCCCGAGCUGGUGGAGAUCAGUGAAUGUGUGCGAGCGAUUCGUGCUCACCUCACCAUGCUGCAGCGAGAAGAAGCUCUGCAGGAUGAGUGGUGUCACGUUGGCUACGUCCUCGACUUCCUGCUAUUCCGUGUUUACCUAAUGCUCAUCACCCUCUACGCCUUCGCCAUCAUCUUCAUGUGGUGCAUCUGGAUGUACCAGUGACACACACACACACUCACUGUUUAAACUUUUUCUAAUUUGGCUGAACCUGUGUGAAUAAGUUUAACUCUUAAAUGUUUAAAGUGUUUUUAAUUUUAAUCAAAUCACAUAACCAUCUCUGCACUUUUACCCGUACUACUCUGAUCCCACUUGCACUACACUGACCACACCCCUACUACCCUGAUCCCACCCAUAUUACCCUGACCAUACUCCUACUACCUUGAUCCCACCCAUACUACUCUGAUCCCACCCCUACUACCCCGAUCCCACCCCUACUACCCCGACCACACCCAUACUACCCUGACACCACCCCACCAAUCCUGAUCCCACCUCUACUACCCUGACCACACACCUAUUAACUUGACCCUGUCCCAGGACCCUAACCACACCCCAACUACCCUGUCCAAACCCCUAAUUCCCUAACCACACCCCUACUACCCUGAUCCCACCUCUACUAACCUGACCACACACCUACUACCUUGACCCUGUCCCAGGACCUUAGCCACACCCCAACUACAAUGACCAUGUCCCUACUUCCCUAACCACACCCCUACUUCCCUGAUCCCACAACUACUACCCUGACACCACCCCACCUAUCCUGAUCCCACCUCUACUCUCCUGACCACACAACUACUACCUUGACCCUGUCCCAGGACCCUAGCCACACCCUGAUUACCCUGACCACGCCACUACUCCCCUAACCACACCCCCACUUCCCUGACAACACCCCUCUAUUACCCCAAGUACUC